AUGCUUCUGUAUUUUGUCAAUGGUGUGACAAGUCAUGGUGUUGUGGAUACCACACUUGUGGUCCCACAUCCCACACUUCCCAUUGUGGCUUCUGUGUGGACAAAUCCACUACACGUGUUGGUAACAGAUGCGGAGGGUGAUUUGGUUGCAGACCACACAUUUAAUUCCACCGCUAAAGUUGGAUCUAAAAUAACAUGUAUGGCAUGGCAUCCCACACAUCCUUUACUGGUGAUUGGUUGGGAUAAUGGAAAGUUAAUGACGUGGAUGACCCCAUCGGAGGUUCCAACGAACAGACCGGUGGGAACAGCUGUAGGUAUGAGUGUAAAUAAACAACCCCAACAACCCGUAGAAGUGGAGAAGGCUGCAGUACAACAUGGAGAAGGAAGUGUGGUACAAUGUGCGUGGUCUGCUAGUGGCGUGUACUUAUUGACAACAUCUAGCAAAUUACGUGCAGUACUUUGGUCUGUAGAGCACAGUUCAACCAAUGUUCCUCAAGGCGAUGAUGAAGUUAUUACAUCUCUUACACGUUCAACCGUCACUCCAUUGUGGUCCGUUCCAACAGAAUCUGUCAUGACACAUGUUCUUCAUAUCGGACCUCCUCCCGUUUCAUCUCUAAAGCAAACUAAAAUGAUUGAACUUGAUGAGAGUAUACCAACUAUGGCACCUCCUCGUUCUCGUGCAGAUGAUGAUGGUGAUGAUGAUUGUGCUUUUCUUCUUGCAAGUAAUGGUGGGAAACAAGUGUUUGCAUUAACAGAAGAACAAAAAUUAUUUCCACUAUUUCUGAUGGAGGAACCACCGGCGACUCUAUUAUAUGAUGCGGUGGAACGACAUCUCGUUGCCUUUAGUACCGCUCAUGUAAUAAAUGUAUAUCAAAUUUCUGAACCUCUUGCCUCAAAAUUACUUCUUCGCCGUAAGUUAUCUAUGCCAAGUCCAACACAAACAGCAGAACGUUUUACCAUAACAAUGCGUUGGGCCGCUUCAGGAGUCCUUGCAUUUGCUUCUGGAGAUGAUCGUGUGCGGUUCUUUGAUAUACACAGUGAUAGAGUCUAUUUCGUCACACACCCAGCUCCGUCCACUACGCAUAUCACCAAUAUUGCAACAUUGGAGAGAAAAGGAUUAUUGGCCAUGUCAACCACAGAAGGGGCAUUAGCGGUAUAUCAACGACAAGUAGAUAAUCAACAUCAUGGAAUUACAGGUUCAAAUAUGAAUUACAACAGUGUUACACCUUUACACAACCACCAUAAUAACAAUAAUAAUAAUAAUAGUAGUAAUGGUGGUGGUAGAAACCAAGGUGAUCCAGCGUCUGAGUGGGAAUUAGUAACAGUUGUGGAUGUAGAUGGACGUGUAAGUUCUGUUCAUUUUACUACUGCUGGUCACAUUAUUGUGGCACUUGCAAGUGGCAAACUACAAAUAUUACGUGAGACAGUACGUAAACGGGCUUGGGAUGGUGUUUCAGCAGCUACACAAAUAUCAAUGGAAAUGGUGGUGGUGGAAAGUAUUACUGGUUGUCAGUGUCUUCUUAAGAGUAAUUCAAAGAUACGUGGUAUGUCCAUUGCUUUUCCUACUAUUGGUUUAUGGAAUGGACAACAAAUUGAUCUUUACACUGUAAAUGAGUCUACUUCUACAGCAUCACUUACAAAUUUUAUUCCCACCACAUCUCCUGCAUUCGCCGUACAUGCAGAAGGUGUAUUCUUUGUAAAGGAUGCUAAUCGCGUUACCUUCUCAAAUUUUCAACUUGUUACUAUUGGUCAACUCGCCUUUACAGAAGCAGAAGGUACACCUGUUAUCAUUGAUGUUAUGGGUGAUUUUGUAGUAACUAUUUCAUCUAAAAAUGCUAUGCGACUUGGCCGUGUGAGUAGUCGAGAAGUUCGUCCACUUGGUCCACCACGACAAUUACAACUUCCCGAUGAUAAUGUUAUUGUAGUAGACGCAAAAGUAAAUGCACAAGGACGUCGUGUCGUACUGAUGACACGUUGUAUUGCUGGCGAUAAACCCGACAGUCGUAUUUGGGUAUAUGAUUUGGAUACCGAUCUCAUCAGUUGUUAUGAUUUUGCUCAGCGGGGUGAGGUACCAGAUGCGGUGUAUUGGAAUACACCAGAACCAAAUAGUAAUACUAUUGGUGAACUUGGUUAUCUUCUACUUGCAUGUGAGACCCAUCAGGUAAAGAAUAUGGUUGAUACCAAACAGUUAAAUAUACAAGAUAACACAGAAGCUGUGGAUGAGACUAUAGAUGCGAAUACAACGAAACCACAUGGUGCACCAUCUCAUCAAAAUCAACAACAAAAUGAUCCUUCUUCAGGAACUACAAAACGUGAUGAAGAAGUAAUUGCUAAUGAAGCUAUGCCAGAUCUUGAGAAUUUUGCUGAAAAGAAACAACGAAUGGAAGAUGAACGAUAUUUAAGUGGAUUUAGUGGUGUUAAUCCUCUUGCUAAUCGUACACACUCUGUUGUUACAUUAUUUGCUACAAAUAAAGGACUUGUUGUUCAUAAUGCUGUUUUAUUAAAACGAUAUCAUAUUUGUCUUGUUGGACUUACUAUUCCUGAUUUUCUCCUUGCCUCUGUACGUAUCAAUGGUAAUCCUAGUAAUCCAGAGGAUUAUAUGAUUGAACAAAAACGAUUACGUGAUUUUGAAGGACUUAAAACUGAGAAGGAUGCGGCAGUUCUUGAAGCACUUAUGAAAUUUAGUUAUUACUCUACUAUUGGUAAUAUGGAUGAAGCUUAUCGUUGUGUAAAGACUAUUAAAAGUCCAACAGUUUGGCAUAGUUUAGCAAAGAUGUGUGUUUUCUCUGGUCGUCUUGAUGUAGCGAAAGUUUGUCUUGCACAGAUGCAAGAUGGUGUUGCUGCUUCUGCUCUUCGUGAAGCUUGUACAAAAUAUGCAGAAGAAAAUGAUGUACAUUUGGCAACACUUGCAUGUAGUCUUGGUCUUGUGAAGGAGUGUGAGGAUUUACUCCGUAAAGCUAAACGGUAUGAUCUUAUUACAGAUCUUCUUCUUGCUUGUGGUAAAUUUGAACAAGCGCAGCGUCAUGCUAGACGGUUUGAUCGUAUUCGUGUAUAUCCUGUAGCAUAUAAAUAUGCACAAUUUAUGGAAUCUUUUUCUAAUUUUGAAGCAGCUAUUAUGUGGUACUAUAAUGCGAAAUGUCUUUCUACAGAUGUAGCUAGAAUUUACUUUCAAAACAAUCGAUUGAGUGAGCUACGUGAUCUUGUAAUUCCACCUUCUUCCAAAAAUAAGGGUGACAGUAGUAACAAUAAUGGAAAUAAUGUAAAAUUGACUGAGAAUGAUGCCCCUAAUGGAAAGAGUGGAGAAAAGAGUGGUGGAAAGAAUGGAGAAGAUGCCUUAACAAAGAAAUCGUCCAUAUCAUUAAAAGAAGGUACGGAUAAUAUAGAUUCAAAUGAAGAAAAACGUACUGGAGAUGAAGAAGAAGUUCGUGCCACAUUUGAACGUCUUUUUGCAUAUAAUAAAGAAUUACUAUUAUGGUGGGCACAACACUGUGAGCGACGACGACAUAAUGCGGAAGCCCUUAAAUUUUACACUCUUGCAGAAGAUUCAUUUAAUGUUGUAAGAUUAUUAUGUAGUGAAGAUCCUCCACGAAUUGAUGAAGCACUUGAUAUUGUUAAUAAAACAGCUGAUAAGAUGCGUUUACAGGCAGGAACUGGAAUAAUAGGAACAACUGAUAUGGAACCUUUAGGUGCAGCAUUUUUUAUUGGUUUGUAUUAUGAACGUACAAAAGAGGUUUCUGCAGCAUUACAGUAUUAUAAAAUGGCAGGUGCAUGGAGAGCAGCAUCCAGAGUAGCGAAAGCACAUCAACGCUAUGGUGAAUUACUGAAUCUUUCACUUGCAAGUGAUGAUAAACAAUUAAUGCUGGAUAGUGCUACCUUCUUGGAACAUAAUAAUGCCUACGAUAAGUCUGUGGAAUUAUAUCAUCGUAUUGGUGAUAUUCAGAAAGCAAUUGAUGUGUGUAUUAAAGGAGGUUUAUAUGAAGCUAUGCAUCGUAUUAGUACGACAUUGGAUGCACAAAGUGAUCCCGAGUUAUUUCUACAAAUGGCUACACAUUUUGUAGAGAGUGGACAUUACAAUAAGGCAGCAGAGAUGUUUGUCUUUGCGAAGGCAUUUCCUCGCGCAUUAGAACUCUGUGUAGAGCGUAAUGUCCCACUUACAGAUGAGAUGGCAGAGGCUAUUACAUCAGAAGCAAAUUGCCGUGAUUUAACAGCAGAUCAGCGAACGGCAUUACUCCGACAAAUUGCUGGUAUUGCGAAAGAUCAAGGGAAUUGGAAUCUUGCAUGUAAGAAGUAUACACAACUUGGAGAACGUGUGAAGGCAAUGAAGAUGCUUAUGCGUGGUGGAGAUGUAAACAAGGUAAUAUUCUUUGCUAAUCAUUCUCGCAAUGCGGAGAUUUUUACUCUUGCUGGUAAUUUCCUACAAUCACAAAAUUGGAAUACUGACCCCAACAUUCAUAAACAUAUUGUUCUCUUCUAUACGAAAGCGAAGGCAUUUACGCAUCUCAUCUCCUUUACAGACGCUUACGCACAAAUGCAAAUUGAUGAGAAUCGUAACUACUAUGAAGCUUGGCGUGCUAUUGACGACUGUCUUCAUGUUCUCGAUCGUAAUCGUGAUGGUCUUCAUGUGGAUCCAAAUCUCGCCGCACGAGAAGAGGCUUUACGUACACGACGAGAACUUGUUGGACUUGUUGUAAAAGCUGUUAAACUCCUUGCCGAUACCGCAACAGACAGUUCACAAGCUAAAGAACUCAUUGCCGUCUGUUCAGAUCUUAUUAAGCGUAGUAGACCAAAUCAUCAGGAUCAUGAUACCCUCGCAGCCGCUAUACGUAUUGGGGAUGUCUUUGCCCUACUCGUGCGAUAUUACUAUGAAAACGCACAGUCCGCAAAAGAUGCACUGCGGGUGGUGGAAAGUAUGGUCAAACAUUCCGUGGAGCCACAGUUCUUUGUGGAACGUGAUCUCUUAGAGGCGGUGUGUGCCGCAAACGGGCGAAAAUUAACCGAGUUUAUUGGCGAUAGCAAUACGAAAGGGAUGCCAGAGAGUGGUAAAGGAGUUCGUAGUGGUCCCACACAUGCUUAA